GAAAAGUGAAAAUUUGGUAAGACAAAAUCACGGUGAUAGAGACAUUCAAAAGAAAAGCAAAGUUUGAAGUUAUCUUGACAACGAAGACAUGGAAGUAGGACCAUAUAGCUUGGUGUCUCCGUCUUUGAAGAAAGAAGGUGUGUCUAUAUUAUAGUCUGAGGCUCUGAGCUUUUCUCUCUUCAGAAGGAAACUUUAUAAAGAGAGUAGCACUUAUAAGAAUAUUUUUCAGCCAUUACAUGAAACAUAGAUGAAGGUUAGAUAAGAAGCUCCUGAAGAGAAAUGACUUCAACAAUGCUCAAAAUUUUGAUGGCUCAGCUCCUUUUGUCUCUAUCUUUUCAAGCAUAUGGACAAUUUGAGGAAUGGUGCAUAGCAGAUGAGCAGACCCCAGAUGAGGAGUUACAGAGGGCCAUGGAGUGGGCUUGUGGAAAGGGUGGGGCAGAUUGCAGCAAGAUACAAGUGAACCAACCCUGUUACCUUCCAAAUACCUUGAAGGACCAUGCCUCUUAUGCUUUCAACAACUACUAUCAGAGGUUCAAAAACAAAGGAGGCUCUUGCUAUUUCAAUUCUGCUGCAAUCACCACUGAUCUUGACCCAAGUCAUGGCUCAUGCAAGUAUGAGUUUGUUCCUUGAAUAAAGUUUGAAGUAACAUAUUUUCUUUCAUCAAAGACAAUAAGAACAUAUUUUGCGGUUGAACUUCGGAGGGAGUAAUGGAGUCGGUCCUUCUUUUUGUCCGCGUUUCUUAAAUUCUCAUUGAGUUAUUGUUCCAUCUCUUGAGUCUUGAUAUCAAAGUGAAACUAUACCAUGGCGAAAUGACGUUGAAUUCUUCUAUUUAGUUUAAAUUAUCAAAUUAUAAUUUCUGUUUUUAUAA